GCCUUCCUCACAGAGUAUGCUGCCACCAUGAGCCCAGUCGCAAAGGCCAUCAACAUCUUGCAGGCUGAAACCAAUGUCCAGAUGGGGUGGCUACUUCCAACUAUCAACCUGCUGAUCACAAAACUUGACUGAAUCAAGUUGUCCCUGAAGCCUCUGGUGGAUGCGCUACAACUGGGACUGAAGAAGUGCUUCAGCCACAUGUUUCACGACCCUGAGCUGAUAUUAGCUGCAAUCCUUCUCCCCAAAUUCGAAACAACGUGGACAAAGGAUGACGCCACCAUCAGAAUGGGACCAUCUGGAAGAACCCUUGCUGCAGCUAGGUGAUGGCACCAGUUCAUCAGAUGAGGACUUCUUCGCUUUAUUGAAAACGUCUCAAGCACAAGAAAGCUCCAAACAGCUGGAUGGAUACCUGGCCUGUUCAGCUGAUCAUAUGGAGUUGCUCAAGUCCUUCCCGGCAGUCUGUAAGCUGUCUGAGGUUAAACACACCCUUACCUGCAUCAGCUGCCUGUGAAAGGCUGUUCAGCAUUGCAUGACUUGUUUUCAGCCCAGGAGAGCAAGGCUGUAUUCCAGAAACUUUGAAAACCAGCUUUUACUGAAGAUGAACCGUAAAUUCUUAAACUUCAAGUAAUGGCAGCUUAACGCUAGCAAGCCCAAGGACACGGGUGCCUUAUGCAUUUUGUUAAUUUAUGUUUAAAAUUCACAAGUUAUAGGUGCCCUUGCUAUGACCUGACACUGAUUUAUAAUACAGUUCCAUCAGUGGUGAUGAAGUUGUGUGUACUUUUGAUGCUGUAUUUUCUAAAGCAACGUAAGUGCUUAUGAGUACUGGCUAUAUUCCUUCAUUAUUAAGGCAUAAUUCUAUUUUGUCUGUAAGAGAUGUAUUUUGAAGUGUUGCCUAUUUGACAAUCCACUUUUUUUUAAAUCUGAGCUCUUACUGCGUCUAUAAGACUGUUAACUUUCAGAAAAGCUCAAACCAAGUAAAAGGUCUGGUUGUUUUGCUUUUUGGAUUUACGGCUCUUACGCUUCAUACUUUACUUUUGAUACUUAAGUAUAUCCACCACUGCUUAAUAUAAGGAAUUGAAUGUAUAACUUUGUACUUUCACUCAAGUAUGAUAAUUGGUACUUUUUACACAACUGUACUUAAGUACAUUUAAAACCAGAUACUUUUUGACUUAUACUCAAGUAGUAUUUUACGUGGUGACUUUUACUUGAGUAAUUUUCUAUUAAGAUAUCUUUACAAUUGAGUACGUUUUCCACCCCUGCCAGCAACAAGGCACACUUGUUGGGUCAGCACGAGAUGCAGUUUAGCCUUGGCUUUAAAAGAAGCAGACCUGUGCUGGGUAUUUGGUGGCAUCGAUGAAGAGUAACGCAAAAAAAAAAAAAACAUGCUACCAAUCAGAUGACUUUGAAGGAGUACUUGGAGGUUCCACCCCAGCAUCGAGGAGGAAGUGCAGUCAGCGCAAGCGAACACUGAAUUAUUUCAAUCGGCGAGCGAAUCACUAGUCGUACAGGUCCACCAUGCAGACGUUAAGAGAGAAUAAGACUUUGAUUAUAGAGAUCCUGGCUGCGGAACCUGACUUCAUCCUUCAGCAUGUGCAGCAGGCGAACAUAGUGAAUCUGCGUGAAUACAACAACCUAAGCGUCGCUGGUCAUCCCCCAGAGACCAUUAUCAUCAAUCUUCUGGAUAAAGUGAUGAACAAAGGAACGGCAAAAUGCCUUGACUUUGUGACCCUGCUGCAGCAACCAAAAAUCAUAGAUACCUACUCUAGAAUGGAGGAAGUAUUCAACAACCUCACAGCACCCAGUGACCGCACCUUCAGCACAGGAACCAGAGGCCCAUACACAACCCCCAGUACAGAUACUACUGACCAGGCGGUUGGAAUGAGCAGUGAGGUCUGUCAAUACCGAAUGACCAGCCUGCCACGUGGUCAUUGUUUAAUCAUCAACAAUGUGCACUUUAAUGAACUGGGGGAAAGAAAGGGAUCAGACAAAGAUGUUGUUGUUCUGGAGGAUGUGUUCCAGUGGCUCGGUUUUAAGGUGACUGUACUCCUGGACCAGACAGCAGUGCAGGCCCGCGAGGAAUUGAAGAGGUUUGGUGACGAGACGCAUGGCGACGCCUUUGUCUGCUGCGUACUGAGUCAUGGUGACAAAGGAGUUAUCUAUGGCACAGACGACGAACCCAUCUCCACCAAUGACCUCUUCUCACCCUUCAAAAGCACCAACUGCUCCACCCUCGUUGGCAAGCCCAAAGCCUUCUUCAUCCAGGCAUGUAGGGGGAAAGAUAUCCAAGCUAGAGUGCAGUUGGAGGCAGACGUAAAUCCAGGUCCCCAGAUCUACAUUCCAGCUGAUGCCGAUUUCCUGGUUGCCAUGGCCACUGUUGAAGACCACUGCUCGUUCAGAGACACAACCAGUGGGUCCUGGUUCAUCCAGACUCUGUGCAAACAGCUCAAACAGGGCUGUCCCAGAGGUGAUGACAUCCUGAACAUCCUAACACAGGUCAAUAGAGACGUGAGCCAGAUGGAUGUCCGAUACUGGGAGGCCGGCAAAAACAAGCAGGCCAAGCAGAUGCCCGAGCCCAAGUACACGCUGACGAAGAGGCUGGUGUUCACAGUGCCGCCCCAAUGAGACGACGCCAGAGACAGAAGAGAAAGUGAGACAUCUCACAGGCCAAUUUUUUUAUGGUAGGGUAAGGCGGGCGGAGAGACAGUUCUUAUUGGGCAGUUUUCCAUUGAAAAAAAUCCUGUCUAUAUAAGUGGGCGUUCCCUCUCACGUGAGCAUGCCAGAUUUUACCAAGGAACUGUUAGCUCACUCGGGAAAGCGUGCCAUUGCGGCAUCUCAAUCAAGUAAACUAGCCUAGAUUUAACCAAACUAAGAAUGUAUUUGAUAUGUGAAGAGACAAUUCAGAAUCACCAUUCUUUGUAAACAAGUGGAUUCUCAUAGCAAGAACAAAGUAAUUGAUAUCAACACAUUGCUUAAGCUUGACUUUAUUACAUGUUGUGAUUUAAUCUUCUUUCCUUAUUUAGGUUAUUUUUACAAUCAUGUUCUUACCUGCCUUUCACCUUAACACAUUUUAUACCUGAAAAUAAAUAUUUUAAUCAAC